AUGCAUUUAUUAUUUAUUUGCGGUGUUUUAUUGUUGAAUGCUCAUCGAGCAUGCGUGCAAGAGGCUACAGAACAUAUAGAAAAUGAACCAAUCAACAAUAGCAAUAAUGAAACUCCAGUAUUUGAAAAACAACAACAUCUCAAAAAAUUAUUCCAAUCAUUUCGGCGUGAGCAUUUUCACGCUGUACAAAAUAUUAAAAAUUUACAGUCGUAUGAAAGAAAGUAUGAAAUGAUUGUUAAAAUAAUUAAUCAAAUGGUUAAAAUAAUUACUGAAAAACAAAAAAUUUUUCAAGAUUUCGAAGAUUUUUUGGAUCAUGACAAUUUAUUCUCAGAUGUAAAGCAAACCGAUUCUUUAUUCGCUCUCUCAGAAAAUACAGCAUUAUUUAGUGAUAUAGUGCUGCAAAUCCCAGAUAUAACUCGACGAAUAUUGAAGAAACAAAAAACCUCGUUUGAUUCCCUGAAGUGGUCGAUGAUAUUUAUUAACAAAAACCGGUAUCUUUUGGAUCAACCGACUAUUGAAAUAUUGGACCUAGCAUUACAAGAACUCAAUAUAAUAAGCCGUGAGCCAAAUUAUUCAAAUCCUUACGUGCAGAAUAAGAAGGGAAGGUCAUCAGUGAAAGGCAAAACUGCGGAAAAACAAAGAAAAACGAUAAUAAAACAUAAACCAGGCCCUCAAAUAGCUCGAGUAGAAUUAUAA